UUGAUUUCUCUUGUAACCUGCCCUUUGGGCUUAAUGUACAAAAAGUCUUCUUGACCAAAAAAAGAAAAGAAAUAUGCUUUGAAAUAAUAAAAAUGGUGUUUUUGUCUUUUCCUCUUAAACAAAACAGUAAACAUUAAAAGGAUUAAACCAACGGCAUCAACUCCGUGAAGCUACCGUCACUUUCAUCUUUUAUGAAAUCCCCCCAACGUUCCUAUUUCUAUUCAAACACAUCAUCGAGGCAAAACAUAAAAUAAAACAAACAAACAAACAAACAAAACCAUCUCUCUUUCUUCCUCUCCCUAUCACAAGAAUCAAAAACCGAAACAGAAGAAACAUCACCACCACCACCACCAAAUGGGAUGUUUUAUGGGCUGUUUCGGUCUCUCUUCCAGCAAAAAACGCAGAAACUCCACCAGGAAGAUCCUCCCUCGACAUCAAAGAAUCUGUAGCUAUGAGCUUCUACAUUCUUCAGAUCCGACAGAUGCAACUACUGUUGCAGAUAAUUCUGAAAAGAUCUCGAGUUCGAACCUCAGGUGUGAAGUAGAGACAGGGGAGGAAGACAAGAAGGGAACAAAGAAGAUGAGAAAGAGAGUUAGAUUUGACUUGAAUGUACAAACCUUUGAACCUGUUCUACCUUCAAGAUAUGAGAACUAUUGCAGUGAUGAUGAUGAUGAAGAGGGAAAAGAAGAGCUAAACAAAGAAUCUUCGGUGGAUUUGACAAGUAGUUAUGUGUAUCCUCCGAACUAUAGAUACCACAACUGUGUUGACAGUUUCGAAGAGGAAGAAGAUGAAUUGGGUUAUGGUGAGAGUGAUUUGGAGGAUGAAGACUAUUACACAGAUGAUGAAAACGAGUAUGAAGAUGAUGCUGAUGAUGAAGAUGAAGAAGAGGAUUAUGAGGACAAGGACGUGACUCCUCUUUUGAAUCCUGUGGAGAAUAUCACGCAGUGGAAAGCUGUUAAAGCAAAGCCAGUAAGAGUAAUGAAGGAGAAUGUUGAAGUUGUUACUGAUGAUCAAGCAAAACCGCUGCUGAAGGAGAUAAUAGUCAAUACUAGCCUUUCAAGUUGGGUAUCACCAUUUGUGGAUAUCACCAACAUGGAGAAGAGAUGAAAGUGGUGGUGAAUGAGAAGAAGAAACAGUGUGUGUGUUUUGUUAUUUGUUUUUGUAGCAUUCUCUGAUUCUUUGUGUGUGUAAGGAUAUGAUUAUGAUUUUUUUUAUUUUUUUUCCCCA